AUGAGGGGCUCGUCUUAUUCUCAGAAAACCCUGACAGUCUGCGGCUCCAGCAAGAUGCGGGUACAGAGCCCCUCGCCGUCGCGCUGCAGGGCCGCCUCGUACACCCGGGGACGCACGGGCUACCAGGGCGCCGCCGUGGAGGUGGGCACGGAGAUACACCAGAUCCGCGCCAACGAGAAGGAGGAGAUGCAGGAGCUGAACGUCCGCUUCGCCAGCUACAUCGAGAAGGUGCAGGCCCUGGAGCAGAGGAACGCGGCACUGCAGGCCGAGCUGGAGGCCCUGAAGAGCCGCUACAAGGGGGGCCCCACGGGCAUCGCCGAAGAGUACGAGCUCAAGUUCAAAGAAAUGAGAGACCUUAUCGAGAGGCUGACUAAUGAGAAGGGAGCGGCCGACAUCGAGAGGGGCUACAUCGAGGAGGAGGUCGAGAUUUGGAGGCUCAAACUGGAGGAGGAGCUGGCACUCAAAGCUGAGGCAGAAAUGAUCCUGAGAGAGUUCCGUCAGGACGUGGACAACGCCACUCUGCAGAAGGCAGACCUUGAGAAGAGGGUGGAGCAGCUGGUGGCGGAGAUUGAGUUCCUGAAGAAGCUGCACGACGAGGAGGUGGCCGACCUCAUGAAGCAGAUCGAGGACUCCAAGGUGACGGCGGAGCUGGACGUGGACCGGCCGGACCUGGCUGCCUACUUGCGCAGCAUGCGGGCCGAGAUUGAGCAGGUGGCUGCCCGCAACGUGCAGGAGGCCGAGAAGUGGUACAAGGGCAAAUUCGACACGCUGAAGGAGCACGCCAGCAAGCACGAGGAACAGAUGAAGACCAUGAAGGAAGAGAUUACCUCCUACCACAACCAGGUGACUGACCUGCAGAACCAGAUUGACGGGCUCCGCGCCCGAAACGCCGCCCUGGAGCAGCAGCUGGAGGACAUGGAGAUGGGUCACCUGGACAAGGUGGCCGGCCUGGAGCGCAUCAUCGCCCAACUGGAGAACCAGCUCUGUGAGACCAAGAUCGAGAUGAGCAAGUAUCUGCAAGACUACCAGGAGCUGCUCCACAUCAAGCUGAAGCUGGACGCUGAGAUCGCCACCUACAGGAAGCUCCUGGAGGGCGAGGAGAAGAGGCUGGGCAUUUCCUCAGAGGGCGUGUCAGAGGAGCGCACCACCUCGGUGUCCCGCAGUGUGGAGACUCACACAGCUUCCAGACUACCUGCCUGA